AUGUGGGAUGGGAAGCUGGAGCCCGACGUCAUCUUCAGCUACAACGCCGGGAUCAGCGCGUGCGAGAAGGGCGACCAGUGGCAGCAGGCUUUAUCGCUGCUCUGUGAGAUGCGGGAGGCGAAGCUGGAGUCCGACUCAUCAGCUACAGUGCGGGGAUCAGCGCGUGCGGGAAGGGAGAGCAGUGGCAGCUGGCUCUUGGGCUGCUCAGCGAGAUGCGUGAGGCGACCGUGGAGCCCAAUAUCUUCAGCUACAGCGCUGGAAUCAGCGCGUGCGAGACAGUCGGGCAGUGGCAACUGGCUUUGCCGCUUCUGGGCGAGGUGUGUGAGGCGAAGCUGCAGCCCGACGCCAUCAGCUACUGCGCUGGGAUCAGCGCGUGCGCGAAGGGUGGGCAGUGGCAGCAGGCCUUGGCGCUGCUCAGCGAGAUGUGGGAGGCGAAACUGGAGCCCGACGUCAUCUCUUUUGCACUUCCGGGCCCCGUGCGUGCGAGAGGUGAGCGUGUGUGUGUGUGUGUGUGUGUGUGUGUGUUUGUUUGUUUGUGUGUGUGUGUGUGUGUGUGUGUCUGUGCACUGGCCUGUCCGCACCAGCCCCGCCGUCACAGCCAAGCCCGCUCUGACUAGGUCAGCCACAGGUCUCGCCUGUAGUGCCGGUCGGUUACAACGCUGGGAUCAGCGCGUGCGAGAAGGGCGAUCAGUGGCACCAGGCUUUGGCGCUGCUCAGCGAGCUGUGGGAGGCGAAGCUGGAGCCCGACGUAAUCACUACAACGCUGGGAUCAGCGCGUGCGGGAAGGGGGAUCAGUGGCAGCGGGCUGUGGCGCUGCUUACCGAGAUGCGGGAAGCGAAGCUAGAUCCCAACGUUAUCAGCUACAGCGCUGGAAUCAGCGCGUGCGAGAAAGGCAGCCAAUGGCAAGGGGCUCUGGAGCUGCUCAGCGAGAUGCGAGAGUUAAAGCUGGAACCCAACGUCAUCAGCUAUAGCGCUGGGGUCAGCGCAUGCGAGAAAGGCAGCCAAUGGCAGGGGUCUCUGUCGCUGUUCAGCGAGAUGUGGGAGGCGAAGCUGGAGCGCAACGCUAUCAGCUACAGCGCUGUUAUCAGCGCGUGCGCGAAUUGCAUGCAAUGGCAGGGGUCUCUGUCGCUGCUCAGCGAGAUGAGGGAGGUGGCGCUGGAGCCCGACAUUAUCU